AUGUUUCGUUCAUUAAUACGUCCAAGCACAUGUGUGCGAUGUAUGCUCAAUCGAAUUCAAUACAAUAGUACUAGUACAAAUAAAGCUGAAAUCGAUCCAGCUACAAUAUUUAUUCGUAAAGAUGUUCAAGAUUUAUUGAUGAAUAUAACUGGUUUUGAUCUUUCAAGAAUAUUUCGUCAACGUAAUAAUAAAAAUCUUGAUCGUAUUGUUUAUAAAUAUUUAACUGAUAAACAACUCAAAGAAGAACAAGAAAAAACUAUUGAACGUGGUCGAGCAAAACUCCAAAUGCCACCGGUUUUAUCUGAAGCUAAAGAAAAUAUUGAAAUACUUGAAAAAGAUGAUAUGUUAAGUGGAUUUUCAUCAAGUAAACAUUUAUUUAUUGAUAUAUCACUUGGUAUACCAAUUCGAAAUCGUCUUAUUGUUGCUCGUGAUAUUGAUGGAACAUUACGAACAGCAACAUUAGAUGAAAAACGACGUAUGAGACAAAUUUAUUUUCCUACAUCAGGAAGAGAAUUACUUAUGCCAAAAAUGUUUGAAGAAGAACAAUUAGAAAAAAUCUUAGAACAACAAAAUUAUGAAUUUAUAUUAGAUCGAGCAUGUAUUCAAUUUGAACCAGAUGAUGAAGAUUAUAUACGUGUUACACAUAGAACAUAUGAACAUAUUGAUCAAACAAAUUCUUAUGAUAAACUUCGUUCAACACGACAUUUUGGUCCAAUGACAUUUUAUUAUGUGUGGUUUAAGAGAAUUGAUCGACUUAUGGCUGAUAUGAUUAAAAGAGAUUUACUCAAUGAUGCUAUUUCACUUCUUCAACUCUAUGCAAUUAUUCAUCCAGAUUCGAAAGUAGCUCGAUAUGAUUUUUCUGAUACAAAUUCCCAUCAUCUUAUUGAAGCAUUUAUUGAAGAAGAAUCUCGACUACCGGAUUUACUCAGUGAAACAUUUCGUCAUUAUAUAAGAAAAACUCAUUUGGCUGCUAGUAGUGGAUAA